CGCCGAUCUCGCGAGAACUAACGAGACCGGGACCAAGCCAAGAUGGCUGGUCUUCACGUUCUGUUCGAGCAUGCCUCGGGGUACGCCCUGUUCCGCGUGGAGGAGACGGAGGAGAUCGGGAUGCUCCUACCCACCGUGGAGAAGAGCGUCAAGUCGUACGAAAAGUUCAACUCAACGGUGAAGCUGGUGGCCUUCUCACCAUUCAAGUCUGGCACAAAUGCACUUGACAACUGUAACGCUAUUUCUGAAGGAAUUCUCCAUGAUGAUCUGAAGGUGUUCCUGGAGAAUAACUUUCCUCUUAAGAAGAAGAAAGCCACCUUAGGAAUUGCUGACCCCAAGAUUGGCUCCGCAAUACAAGAGGAGCUUGGGAUACCACUAACUGGUGGGGAUGUGGUACUGGAAGUCCUCAGAGGUAUCAAGCUCCAUUUCCACCUGCUUGUGAGGGGUCUGACAGAGACCUCUGCCUCCAAGGCCCAGCUGGGUUUGGGUCACAGCUACUCCAGGGCCAAGGUCAAGUUCAACGUGCACAGAGCAGACAACAUGAUCAUCCAGUCCAUCAGUCUGCUGGACCAGCUGGACAAGGACAUCAACACCUUCUCCAUGAGGAUACGAGAGUGGUACUCCUACCACUUCCCGGAGCUGGUGAAGAUCGUGAACGACAACUACAUGUACGCGCGUCUGGCGAGGAUCAUCGGGGACAGGAAGCUGCUGAAGGAGGACCGUCUGGAGGAGCUGGAGGAGAUCACCAUGGACAGUGCCAAGGCUGAGGCCAUCAUACAGAGUGCCAAGUCUUCCAUGGGAAUGGAUAUUUCCCCCAUUGAUCUGAUCAACAUCGAGACCUUUGCAUCGCGUGUGGUGUCCCUGGCGGAGUAUCGGAAGUCGCUGCACGCCUACCUGCAGGGUAAGAUGCACAACGUGGCGCCCAACCUGUCAGCUCUGAUCGGGGAGCAGGUGGGAGCACGGCUGAUCUCACACGCCGGAAGUCUGACCAACCUGGCCAAGUACCCGGCCUCCACAGUACAGAUCCUCGGGGCCGAGAAGGCUCUGUUCAGAGCCUUGAAGACUCGUGGCAACACCCCCAAGUACGGCCUCAUCUUCCAUUCCACGUUCAUCGGCCGAGCAGGCGCCAAGAACAAAGGGCGCAUCUCCCGUUACCUCGCUAACAAGUGCUCCAUCGCUUCCAGGGUGGACUGCUUUGCAGAUGUCCCUACCGACGUGAUCGGCAACAAGUUACGUGAUCAGGUGGAGGAGAGGUUAUCGUUCUACGAGACGGGGACAGCGCCCCGCAAGAACAUUGACGUGAUGAAGGAGGCAUUGUCAGAGAUGAAUGAAAUGAUUGCCAAGAAGAAAAAGGAGGACAAGAAAAAGAAGAAGAAGAGAAAACUGACAGAAAAUGGGGACCACAAUGCCACAACAGAUGGGGCCGAGGAAGAAGAGACGCCGGUGAAGAAGAAAAAGAAGAAGGGGCAGAGUGAGGGGGAACAGUCAGCAGCUGAUAUCUCCCUGAACCAGAGCACUGCCACAGAUGGGGAGGGGGAGGGGAAGAAGAAGAAGAAAAAGAAGAAGCAGAGCGAGACCGAAGCGACUGUGACAGAAACCGAAGUCUCACAGAAUGAGAGUGCAGUCGCUGAUGGAGACUCUGAGGGCAAGAAAAAGAAGAAGAAGAAAAAGAAGGAGACAGCUGAGCCUGAGCAGGAGGAAGAACCAGCCCAGGCACCAAAGAAGAAAAAGAAGCAGGCUCAGGCUCUAGAGGAAAGCAUGGUUCUUGCAGAUGAUGAGGGGGAAGCAACACCGAAAAAGGAGAAAAAGAAGAAGAAAAAAGACAAGAAAUAAGACAGUAAUCAGCUGUAGACACACCCUCCCACGCAAACAUCACCUGAUGACAUUCUUUCUCAUAUUGAUUGGUUUGUUUGUCCCAGGAAAGAUAUAUGACAAAAAUUGUCUGGUAGUAUGUUGUUGCGACCCAAAGUCAAACUAUUGCAAAAUGACAAUAUUAGUCAUUGCAUUGCAAAAAAGUCUUUGUCCUAUUACAGAAGAAGCUAUUUUUUUGUAUCAGACAUAUAGCAUCCUAAAAAUAGGUGGGGGUGAGGAUGCAUUAUCGUGUGCAUUAUCGUGGAACCUGUUUGACACAUGUCAAGCCUUGGCACUUCAUAGCCAUACGUUUAUGGCUAGUUUUUAUUUCCACUACUAUGUGAUGCUGUAGCAUGGCAGUCAGUAUUUUCAAGUACAUCUACUUUUUACUUGCCCAUGAAUGGCAUAACGUCAUUUUAUUAUUACAAUAUUAAGUCAUCUUAUUGGCAUGUAGAUCUACAUUGACCACAAUUAUUGAGAAUUGUCUCUGUUCCCAAGUAAUUUGAGAAGUCCACCUUUCUGUCCUUGCCUUUUCUUCGACCUGGUACAAUACCCUUUUAUGACUUGACAUGGAUAACUGUCAUGUAAUAAUGUUUUCCACAGGGCAGAUAGCAUCGAGAAAAUACACAAUGUGGAAUACCUUAGUGAAAGUUUUGUUGUAUAAUCAGCAGAGAAGGUGGACAUGUUUACAUAUAAAACAAAGGGACUUGCAUAAAAUGAUUCAGUUUUAUUUGUUCCCCUACUUGUAUAAUGUGUACAAGUUAACUUCUGAAUCAAUCAAGUAAGUUAACAUUGGAAGAAAGCUGUAACUGCUCCAAAUUAUACGAUUAAAGUCAUUGUAAGUUUUAUAUUUA